AUGGAAGAUUUGAAGUCGGGUUUCGAAGAGGUGGAUGGCGUACGCCUGGGCUACCUGAUGAUUCGGGGCAAGCAGAUGUUCCCCCUCUCGCAGGUCUUCACAGAUCUUCUGAAGAACAUCCCGCGCACCACGGUGCACAAGCGCAUGGAUCACCUGAAAGUCCAAAAGCACCAGUGCGACCUGGAGGAACUGCGGAAGCUCAAGUCCAUCAACUCCAUAGCUUUCCACGCAGCCAAAUGCACCCUCAUUUCCCGCGAGGACGUAGAGGCGCUUUAUACCUCGUGCAAGACCGAGCGCGUCCUGAGAACCAAGCGUCGGGGAGGUGCCAAGCCGGGCCAGGAGACCCUGCGCCCCGACCCCUACGCGGCUUUUUGGAAAGACGGAGGCAAACUUUGCGUGAGCUUGAAAGAAGGGACUACAAGCCAAGCCAGCAGCAGAAAGAAAGCAGCCUGGCGCAAGGCGGCGGCCGCGGCGGCGGCUGCACAAGCAGGAGCUUUUCUACCGGCCUCGGAUCUACCUCAUUUUUGGAGCAAAUCCGCCGGGCGCAGUUUGCCAAGCUUUGCCCCACCGCCUAGCAAUGAAGCUGUAAACUAUGAAACCGCCCAGCUUGGCCCCGGCUACGUCUCGCUGGCCACAGAAUCGGCUUGUUUUCGGAGCCUGCUCUGCUCCAAGCAUCCUCAUUACUACUACCAUUCCUCGGCCGCCAUUGCCACUCAGCCUAAGCUCGCGGCGGCGGCGGCGGCGGCGCCUGCCCCGGUUUUCCCGGAACCUUACAGCAGCGAUUCGGAAUCCAGCUCCUAUUCGAAUCACGCAGACAACGACUCCGACUUCUGCUCCAGCCUGAGCAGCACCAGCAAUUCCGGUUCUUCUGAGGAGGAAGAGGAGGAAGAGGAAGAAGACGAGGAGGACGAGGAGGAGGAGGAAGAGGAGGAAGAGGAAGAAGAGACCAGCUCCGAAUCUGAUUCCAGCUCCGGGUCCAGCCACGUCUCGGUCCAGAGUAUCCGCUUCAGGCGCACUAGCUUCUGCAAAUCGCCCACCCUCCAGACUUCAGCCAGCCUCGUGCCCCAUCCGCCUCAGUUUGCUAGCCACGAGGAGCUUCCAGGUCCAGCGCAAUUCGUCAAAUGCGAAGCGUCGGAAGAACCUGAGGAGUGGAAGAUCCCGGCUGGAUGGCUUUCAAAAGCUGAGCCGGGCUUGGACUGCACCACGCAUCCUGUCGGCAGUGCGUACUUAGGAUUGCUGGAGCAGCCCACGGAAGGGGCCAGUGGCGGUGAGGGAAGAUUCCUCUUGACUGGCGAGGACCACUCCACACUCGUGCCUGAGGUAAAGUCUCUUGACCUGCCUGGGGUCCCCUGGUUAGCCUGCGGUGACUCUUCUGUUAGCUUAAAGCCAAACCACAUUUUGCCCCAAGCAAGAUUUUUCGGAGAGGGCCAGACCUGCCAGCCUGCCCUUGCCUCUCACCCUCAUCCUUUUCCCCUUUCUCCAACUGGUGCAGACAGUAGCACUGCUGCCCUAACCCAUCUGCCCAAGGAGCUUCCGGGAAAUGUCCAGUUCAAUGAGAGAUCAGCCACUUGCCAGGGGACUGCUGCUGUUGCAAGUCCAGAUCUCCAAAGCCAUGUCCAGCUCCUCUCUUUUGUGCCCAUUGCCCAGAUCAAAGUUGAGGACAGCAGUGCUAAUGCUGAGUAUGGGGCUCUCCCAGUACAGAUCCCACUCAAAUGGGAAGAGAGUGACCAGGAGACCAAGGUGGAGGCAGACUGCCAGUCAUCACCACAGCCUGGUCCCACCCAGCAUCCUGGAACUCUUUUGCUGUCAGCCAAGGCAGACCCUACCUGCCUAGAGGACUGUCCUAGCCCUCUCAAGAGCACUCUGUGUCCAGCAUCUCUGAGCCGGACCCUUGCUGCAUGCACUUUAGGCAAUGCUUCUGCUGCCAAACCUGAGGAUGGAGAUUACAAAUUCGGAGCCCGGGUGAGGAAGAACUACCGCACCUUGGUGCUGGGCAAACGAGCCACCACACCGAGCCCAGCACCACUCAAGCCAAAUCUGAAAUCAGCACGCAACCCCCGGCCACCUCCAGGGAAACUCCCAGAGGCUCAAGAAGGCAGCUUGGAUGACUUAGCUGUUCUCAACCGACGCAAGAGGGUGGCUAGCAGUGUCACCUCCACCCUCAAGAGGCCAUUCAGUUUCAUGGGCAACUUUCCCUGCCCUCCCUCCUUGGUGGUUGGCCCAGAUGGAGAUCUCACACCAGCCUAUACCUUAAGCACCUCCAAGAGUGCCCAACCACCACCCAAGGCCCAUCCUAUCUGGAAAUGGCAGCUGGGUGGGCCACCAAUACCUCUUCCACCCAGCCACAAGUUCAGGAAACUGAACUAA